AUGCGCGUGGUGUCGUGGAACAUCAACGGGCUGCCGACCACAUUCAAGGAGGCCGGCAGCAAGUACGGCUCCGUCGCCAACUUCUUCUCAAACGUCCUCCGCGCGGACGUGCUCUGCCUGCAGGUGCGUCCGACCAGCGUGGAGAACGUCCGCGUGGAGGGGGAGGCGAAGGUGGCGGAGGAGCGGGUGGAGCGCGCGUGGGCGCUGGUGGAGGGGUACGACUCGUACUGGGCGUUCAGCCGCGACAAGAAGGGGUACAGCGGCUGUGUGACCUUUGUGCGCGACGCCUUCACCCCUCUGGACGCAGUCGCCGAUGCUGUCGGCCCGAACGGCCUCGCGUGGCAGGCGAGGAGCACAGAGAGAACGCCCUGGGAGGGCAUGGGGGGGCGUGUUGUUGACACGCCGGGCGAUGGUGCCCCUGGUGGUGGGGGAGACGAGGAAACGGAUGGCGGAAGGAGAGGAGAAGGAGUGGAGGUGAUGGAGGAGGGGGAAGGGGAGGGGGAAGGGGAGGGGGAGGGUGACGGGGAGGAGGGGGAGGAGGAAGGGGAGGGGUCGGUGUGGAGGGAGGGGCGGUGUGUGAGGACGGACCAUGGGCGGUUUGUGCUGCUGAACGUGUACGUGCCGAAUGCAGGCGAGCACAAGCACGGCCGCCCGCGGCUGCGGCGCAAGAUGGCGUUCCUGCGAGCCCUGCGCACAGAAUGCGAUGCGAUAAGGGCGAGUGGGCGGCACGUGGUGGUGGUGGGCGAUGUGAACAUCUCCCACCGGGACAUAGACGUGUUCCACCAGUGGCGCGUUGACCACAUCUACUGCCCUGCGGAGCUGCAGUGGUUGGACGCGCUCUUUGCCUCCCCCGGUGCGCCCUACGUGGACCUCUUCCGCCACUUCCACCCCACCGCCGCCGGUGCCUUCACCGUGUGGGACCAGCGCACCGACGCGCGCAGCCGCAACGAGGGCCAGCGCAUUGACUAUGCAGUGUGUGACACUGCCUUCCUCCCGCACGUCCUCUCAUGUGACAUCGUGCGAGUGUCCCCCAAGCAGUGGAGCGACCACGCUGCUCUCGCCCUCACCCUCUCUCAUGACGCCUCCCCGCCGCUGCUGCCCCCACACCCCCGCCCGGCACUGUCCGCGCGCAACAUGAGAAAGUUCCAGGAAGAUGUGACGCAGAGGAAGCUGACUGCGAUGUUUGUUGAAGGUGAAGCUGUAUGUGCGGCUGCUGCUGCUGCUGCUGCUGCUGCUGCUGCUGCUGCUGCUGCUGCUGCUGCUGGCACAGCACAGGUGGCGGGGGGGAUACAAGGAGAAGAGGGGUGUCAGGGGAAUGAUGGUGAGAGGGGGAUGGGGGCUGGCAGUGAAAAGGGGGGAGCUUCUUCUGAUACAGGGAGGACAGGGGGUGGUGGGGGGGGCGUCGAGGGGGGAUGUAGAGACAUGGGAGAAAGUACUGCUGCUCGUGGUGAUGGUGAUGUUGGCGUUGCUGGUGAUGCUGCUGCUAUCGGUGAUGUUGACGGAAGGGAGGGGGGUGGUAACACACAGCAUAGGCCUGCUGUUGACCAGGUGGGGUUGCACAGGAGCAUUGGGACGCAGCAGACAGGCAAAGAUGGGGGUCGGGGAGAGGGAGGGAGCGGUGAUGGAGGCGAGGGGCGAGAGACAGGGUGCGAGAGAGGCCAUGAUGGUUGUUCAAGUGCUCGAGAUGAUGCGAUUCGUUCCCAGACCAGCAGAUCAGCUGCGUUUGCAGCAGCGGCUGCUGCAGCAACAACUGCAGCUGCGGCACAAGGACAAGGCAAAAGAAGGGCAAGUGGUGUGGGUGUGGCAGCACGUGGGAGGGGUGCAGCUAAGAGGGGAAGGGGAGGGGGUAGGGGUGGCUCUGCUGCUAAAGGAGCUGGCACUCGUGCUGCUGCUGGUGGUGCUGCUGCUGCUGGUAUAAGUGGAUCACAACGGUUGAUAACCCAGUUUGUCAAGAAGAAUUGA